AUGCCACACUGUGAAACAUAUAAUGGUGAAAGCAUUUUGAGCUCAAACGAAUUAAUAAAUUGCCAGACAUAUAGGCGCAAUGAGGAACUACAAAAGAACAUUUUUAACAAAAAAUCUUCAAUCAAUUUGCAAACGGGCCAGGUCUCUGUUGUUGACCAAUAUACGCAAUUAACUGACAAAAGAAUAGAACAAAAUAAUGGCAAUGAUUUGGAAAAAAUCCUUAUUGUACCAUCAAGUAGUUCAGACGGAAUGGAGGCAUCGUUAUCCGAACUCCUUUUAAUUCCGCCAAAAACAAUUUCUCAGGCUUGGCAAACCGCAAAAGAUAUAGAAAGCUGGCAAGAUGAAGGUAUUCGCCAACGAAAUGAACUGUUUUCUUGUAUUUAUACAAAUAGUAUGCUAAAUCAGCAACAAUGCUCGCAGCAGCAGCUUUUGGCCACACAACUCUUAUAUGCUCGACUUCUUCGGUCUCAGUUAGCUGAACGGGAAUCCCAGUCGAAUAAAUCCAACAUGGUUCAUUAUUCAGGAUCUAAAAAGACCAUGCUUCGACAAGAUGAGCUUUUAUCAACCCCAUCUUCGCAGGAUAAUAAUAACAAUAUUAAGUUAAUUAAUGAUAUCGAAAACAGCUUAAGUUGUGUAGAUCCCCCUUUGUUUGAUUUUUCUAACGUUCGUCAAAGUCAAAGAGCAGAACAAAAAAAGAAGCAAGAAGACAACUGUUACUCACCAAACUUAAAAUCGAACAAGGAAGCAAUAGACGGGUACGACUUACAACACACAUGUGAUUUUAUCAGGGAACAAAAAAACGUUCUUAUCGACAUUAAAAAAAAACUCGAAAAUCUCUCCGAUAUCUCAGGUAAAUUUAGGAAAAGGUUAAGUGCUCGUCAAAGUCACAUUGAAGAAAAUAAUGGCUCUGAUUCAGCCCUUGAGGAAAGUGUAGGACGGCAACUAGAUGGAAAUCGGAAGUCUAUUGAAAGUUUACUUGAAGAGGUAAAAAGAUUGUAUAAUCAAUGGAGCAGCGCUGAGCUCUAUUAUGUUCGCAGCUUACAACGCUUGGGACUCUCAUCAGAGGAAGGAGGUGAAUAUACACCUACACCAACACAUACUAUUAUGGCAUUGGCUGCUAUAGCACUGUCUAAUGAAAGUGGUAUUUCGCCACAGAAAUCGUCUACAGUGCACUCUAAGCUCCUAGAUGUUGAAAGCGAGUCCGAUUUGUAUUUGACCUCAGCAAAACCUAAAACUUUGGUCGAAAUAGAGAAUAUAAUAUUACAACUCGCAUCAUCUGGUAAUAUGCAUCAAUAUAGCGCUGCUAGUACCACUCCUGGGGCCUACAGUGAUAGUGUUAAAAGCGAUGGCGAAGAAUCAGACUCAGCACCCACUUGCAUAUGGCAUUCGACAAGUCGAACUUUUCGCCGCAAAAAGCAGGUAGAGCCUUGUAGCACUGCAGCUGAGAUUAUUUUAGAAUAUGCUUCAUUGUCUUCAACAUCGAAUCCUGAUACCUCACGCCUGCUUACAUCUGCAUCAAAAAUUACAGAUGUUACUGAAAAUUAUAAUGUCACAACACAAUUGCCUAUUAUGUUUAAUUACAAUCGAGAAAGUUCAGCUGUGUCAAUCAUUACCGAUCCUUCCAUUUUCCCCGAGUUUUCUACUGCACCUUCAACUCCAUCGACUAGUAGUAAUAGUGGAUGCUCUACUGGAAUAGUUUCUGGAUUUUUCGGCUUAAGUCAAAAUCGAAGAAAACAAAGACUGGCAAGGCGCAUUGAAACUCUGACUACAGAUUCUUUUAAAUCGAAUGCAAUAAGGGGAAACGGUGACAAAGAAAUGGCUAAUCAGCUAAAAAUAUCGCCAUUAAUUACAGCAUCGCCAACAGAAAAUGUUUCCCCCUUAAUUAUUAACACUUUGGGUUCGCCUAAUGCCUCUUUAAGAUCGCAGGAACGUUCCAUAACUAACAUGUUCAAAGAACGUCCAAACGCUUCACAGCCGAAUACCGGAUCUAUGAAGUCUGAAAAUUUUCCAAUGCUAGAUGAUGCCCCAUACGACUUAAGUAUUGGAAGCAAGACAAAACACAUGAACCUGGAAACAAAAAACCCAUCAAAUACGCAAUCAAAUGACUCCAAGGAAACAUCAAAUGAUAAAAAAAAGCCCCAUAUAAAGAAACCACUGAACGCGUUCAUGCUCUAUAUGAAGGAAAUGCGUGCUAAGGUUGUUGCCGAAUGUACACUAAAAGAAUCCGCUGCUAUUAAUCAGAUUUUAGGAAGACGGUGGCACGAACUUUCCCGCGAAGAACAAAGCAAAUAUUACGAAAAAGCUCGACAAGAGCGUCAAUUGCAUAUGGAAUUGUAUCCGGGGUGGAGCGCACGAGAUAACUAUGGUUACGUGUCAAAAAAGAAAAAGCGAAAAAAAGACAGAUCGACAACGGAUUCGGGAGGUAAUAAUAUGAAAAAAUGCCGCGCUCGUUUCGGACUGGAUCAACAGAAUCAGUGGUGCAAGCCGUGCAGGCGCAAAAAGAAAUGUAUACGUUAUAUGGAAUCCCUAAACGACAAUGGUCCCGCCGAGGACGGGAGUGUUUUUGAUGAACACGGGAGUCAGUUAAGUGAUGACGACGAAGAUGACUUCGAUGAUGACAAACUGGGAGGAAGUUGUGGAAGCGCCGACGAAACCAAUAAAAUAGAAGACGACGACUCAGAAUCCCUAAAUCAAUCCAUGCCCAGCCCAGGCUGUCUUAGUGGAUUGUCCAGUUUACAGAGCCCAUCGACAACAAUGAGCUUGGCAAGCCCACUUAACAUGAAUGCCAAUUCGACAAGCAAUGUUGUAUUUGCUGCUACUUCUAAUGCGCUUUUAAUCGUCAGCUCAGACCAGCCAACUGUACAGCAACGGUCCACAUUGGUCUCAACCUCGGGAUCGAGCAGUGGCUCAACCAGUAGCAUAAGUACAACCCCAAAUACGUCAAGUACAGUUUCGCCAGUUACGUGUACUACCGGCCCGUGUCUAGGUUCCUCUCAGGAACGAGCCAUGAUGCUUGGAAAUCGUUUUAGUCACCUGGGAAUGGGGUUAAGUCCUCCAGUAGUUAGCACUAGCACCAGUAAAUCUGAACCAUUUUUUAAGCCUCAUCCCACAAUUGGCAAUAAUCCUAUCUUUUCUUUGCCGUCAGUUGGUAAUUGUAGUUUAAAUAAUUCUAUAAUGCCAAACACAUCCAGAAACCCUAUUGGUGCUAACCCACGAGAUAUUAAUAAUCCCCUUAGCAUCAAUCAGUUGACUAAAAGACGUGAAUAUCAAAAUGUUGAUAUGAUUGAAGCUAGUGAGUCAAAGACUAUAGUUGCUCAUGCUGCUACAUCCAUUAUUCAACAUGUAGCAGUGCACGGCUACCACGCAAAUCACUCGCUUUUAAAUAGCAGCUUAAACCAACAUUUUCAUCACCAAUUAAAUAACCGUACGGAAAGCCCCAAUAGAAGUGAGCAGAAAAUGCUGUCCGUAAGUAGUCAUUCUGUAAAUAGCAGUGAAUGCCAUAAAGAAUCUGAUUCGCAGGCAAUUGCAUCUAGCAAGACUCCUAAUGCUGGCUCUUCCGAUAACGGCGUUAUUAGCGUUUCAUAACGGAUUGCAAUGGAUUUGUAGAAUUGAUUUAUAAAGUUUUAAUGUUUAUGUGUGAGAAAAUAAUUAAUAUAAAAACAUACGUGCAAUAAUUAUUAUUCUCGAGAGCCAAAAGCCAUCUUAUGAAACAAGAGGCCAUCAAAACUAGUGCCACGACUUACAUCGCAAUAUUUGGUUUUUGUUUUUUUUUUAAUAAAAAACAUUACAAGUCAUAUAAUUUGUGCACAAAAAUAUUUAGGAACAACUCCAAAAGGUGCCACCCUUAGAUAUUUCUAUAAAGAAACAUGAGUCAAAUCUCAAGUUAGGCCGUGCCAAAUAGAAUAAACAGACAAUACACACUAGGUUACAUAAACAUUUGUAUUGCAUUUGACUUCUCAUCAAAUAGUACAUUCAUCUAGGGGUAUAGACUUCAAAGCUCAAUGGCUAUAUUAAUAAAACAAUUUUGUAUACUUUUCUUUUUAUUUUUAACUUUUACUUUUCUUGUUGUGAAUAUAAAUAGUUUUUGCAUUAAAACUCUAAGAAGAAAAACAUGGAUUUCGACGAUUAGAAAAUCACUUAGUCUCUUUUAGUCGUUAAUUUGAUGGUUUGUCAUUUAUUGACUGUUUUAUUAAAGAACACAGAAUUUUUUAACGUCUAAUAUCAUAACGCCACCCUUCUCCCCCUAGCGUGAGUCUAGCCUCAGGAUUUAAAUAAAAUGUAUCAUAUAUAUUUUAACAUUUCAACAUCCUGAACCAUUUAUAUUGUGUAUGCUAAGAAUGCUAAGACAAUGAGUGAUUAAAUUAUGCUUAAUAUGGCUAUUAAUAAACUAAAAUUAUAUUGUUAGAUUCGGGGAGAUAAAGACCACAAAAUGUUACCCUGUCUAAAGAUUCCGUGGGCGGUAUACAUUGUGGUAUGAUGACCCGGACACGUCGCCAUUUGCAUUAAAACGGUAAACUGUAACAUGUUCAAAGUAUAUGAUUUCACUUUUAGAUAAAUUAUGUUAAAUCAACAUACAGCAUGCCGAAAAAGUCGGUUCAGUUCUGGUCUUAUGUUUAUUUAAUUUGAAAGGGACACAUAAGUUGCACAAAUUAAUACUAGCAGUUUGUUUAAACUAUCCUACUGUAAAAUAAUUUGUUAAUAUCCCACAACAUUUAACGUAAAUACUUAAUUUGAUGGUUAUAGAACAUAGCUAUGCCAAAAAAAAUGAUAAAAAAUAUUGUUUUUAAAUAGAUACAUUCUCAAAUACCUUUGCACGUAGUAAGUUCGAUACCGUUUUCUUUGGUUAACGGCAGACAACAAUUUAUUAUUUAUUUUAACAGCUUAGGCUUUAUAAGCAAAAUUUAGUGACUGCUCGCUCAUAUACAAGGAAAUUUAUUAAUAAUUUAUUUUGAAUUUAUCCUUGAUUAAUAACAAAAAUGUAAUACUAUAUAUUUUAUUAUUUUAAAUUAAACGUGAAAUAAUAUAUUUGUACAAUAUAUAUAACAAGCUAAAUGUAAAUAUGUAUUUUCUUACAUAGAACGUACUGAUAAUCUAUACGAAUUUAUUGACCAUAAGACCUGAUAGCCAUUAUUCCGUGUAAAAAUUAAACUUCUAAUGAAAUACCACAUCUAAAAUUUAAAAAAUAGUUAUCUAGUAUUUAAACAGUAAGUUUGGUCUGAGCACCCAUAUAAUUAUAUGCAGUUUUAUACUAGUCUCCAUUCAGUUAUUACACAUUUAAUUAUUUAAUGUACAAAUGUAUUUUAAACCUCAAUAUUAAGCUUGUCGUACACGGUUAAACAUUUCGCUAAUAUAUAAAAUGUUUUUAAUGCGUUAGUUUUUUUAAAAUUUUUUAGGUUUUAUUAUCAAAAAUCUUUAAAACACUUGGAUGUUAGUUUAUAUAUGUACCCUGUACUUAAAAUACAUAUCUUGAUUUUCCGGGACGACAAUCCUAUUGAUCCUAUAAUACUAGAGCCUUAUGUAAAUCCAUCGCAUACAAAACAUAUUUCACAAAUACAUUUAAAGAACAGUCAAAAUAAUAAGGUCAAACUAUAGGUUCUUAAUUAUUAUACUCUCUACUCGAAGAGUAAUAGGGUAUGCUAGAUUUGUUGAAAAAUAUGUAAUAGUAGAAGAAAGCGUUAGCAUGGAGAUUAUAGUGACACCUACUCUAACGCCCACAAACCGCGUAAAGCUUUCAUAUUUGACUUGCCAAUUUCUGUAGAUAUAUAAAGAAUAUUUUGGCCAUACCUACACGUACAUCCAUUAAUAGUAAAGCAUUUUUGAAUUUUUUUUUUAAAUGAUAUUAUUUGUCUUGCCCAUUCAAUAGCAUUGUCAACAACAUUUUGAAAUAUUUUUCUAACACUCUGAACUGAUUGCUGGGUAUCUGGUAGUGGACUGAUUAGGCUAAUGUAUGUGGUAGUGGGGGAAAUAUUAUAAUUUUUAAAUGCUGAGUACUCAAUAUCUUUAUUUAAUUGACAGUUCUAAAGUAAAGACAUAAAUGAGAGCUAAUUUAGACUUUAAUAACCUUCUUUUAACUAAGUUAUUUACAGUAUUGUUAAAUUUUUUUUGCAAAUAUAUAAGGAAAAUAUUUAAUAACUUCUAUAUAGAGUUUCAUUGACAAAAAUAGUACUUUAUUUAUGUUGUUAAAUAUUUUCUUUAUAUAUUUGAGUAUUACGCAGAAAAUGUAUUUAUAUCUUCCUUUAUUGCCUUUCAUUCUGCUUAAGCCUUACGUAAAUACAAUACAAAUACAAUUUUUAAAAUAUUCUAAUUUUUAAAUAAGACAUAAUACGUCUAUUUUAAAUUUCUUAUACUAAAAUAUUUUAAUUUCUUAAAGUUAUAAAGGUUUAAAAAACUUUAAACAUUUUCUUAAACCUUCAUGUUUUGAAAAUAAGAGGAAACGAAUUAUUCCUUUAUUUCUUUUUAUUAACAUCUUCUACAAUAAUUUACAGUAUUUAAUAAGUAUUGAAAAGUGUUUUGCAAAAGUUUUCUAUAACUAAAAAAACACAUGAACAUAUGCAUUUCUAAUCUGUUCAGAAAAUAUAAUUAAAUGGAAUGAAAAGGGGUCUUAAGAAUAUACAUACCCUCUCUCGUAGUCGUUUAUUCAAUAACAUAUUUUUGUUACCCGUAAUGAUUAAGAUUUCUAGGCGAGUUUUUCCGCAAAGAGAUGGAAAUCUAUGAUUCGCCAACACUUAUAAAAAAAUGUGCGAAACAUUAAAAUAUGGAUCUAGGUACUGCAUUGUUUUAGAAGCUUUAUAUAAACUCAGAUUUAAAAAAUUGUAAAGCCAAUAAAUGUAGGCGCCGCUAGAUGGGCUUUGAAACAUUCGAUUUUAACAUGGUUAACCGGCAUUUACAAUUUUUCAAUUUUAUUUACUAAUUUUUAUUAACUAAUUUUAUAAUGACCAAAAAUAAAAAUUGGUAUAUUAAUAAUGACAAAAUGUGUCGUGUUGAUAAGUGAGAUCAUAAGUAAUUUAAAAUUUAGCAUUCGGAUAACCGUUAUCGUCUGUCCGUUCGCAACUCAAAAACUAUAAGAGCUUUAAAGUUGAGAUUAGAUUUACAGAUUUGAGUGACGUCUGCGCUGCACAAGUUUAUUUCGGAACGUUGUCACGCCCGCAAACCUCCCAAAGCUGCCCACACUUUUGAAAAAUAUUUUGUUUUGUUAUUUAUUUUUUCCAGUUUUUAUUGGUAAACGAAAAACAUUGUGAUCACCACACCCCUUCUAAAGCCCAUAAGCCGCUCAAAACGUUUAAGCCAAUAUAAAAUGUUAUAUUAUAUUAUUAUAUUUAUAUUAUUUUUUUUGUUAAUUUCUAUCGGUUUCAUAAAAACAAUGUUUAAAUUUCUUAUUCGCAAUCUUACUGAGUAACUUACAUAUAUCUAAUAGUCGAGAAUCUUAAAAACAACAGACUGCUCUCUUGUUUUUUAUUUAAAUAGGACAUUACCGACAAUUUGUUAUACUUCAAAAAAAGAAUAUUUAUUGAAUGAACCUAAUUUAACAAUUUAUAUUUUACGACAUUUUUAUUCCUUUUUAGAUUUUUCGCUUUUUAAAAUUUUCUUGGCAGAAGUUUUGACCUUACAUAUGCAUGCACUUUAUUAUCCCAUAUUUACUUUGCAAGCAAAAAUGUUUUUCUUACGUUAUCCCCGACACUAUUUUGGCAGCCGAAAGUGUAGAGCAAACUUUUUUGAAAAAAUAAUUUAUUUUAGCUAAAUACAAAAUAUUGGCAAAUUUUUAAAAAUCGUUUAAAAAUGUCAUUUUUGUAUUCAUGUUCUAGAUUGCGUUUAUCCUUCUACCUCAAAACUGCCAACGUAGUAAUCACUAAAAAUAUUUAAUAAUAAAUGAAAUUAUAUAUUUUAUUUAAAUAUUACGCAAUUUUAUAAAGUAGAACAAGAAGUUUUUAAUUAAAUUAUUCAUUUGAGUAGUGUUUUCAUUAAAAAAAAAAAUUGGUUGCAGUAAAAAUUGACCUAAUUAAAUUUUUUUCCUUACUGUUAGAAAUUUACAAAAAUAUAUUAUAAUUCGAUAUUUGUAUGGUCCCAACAAAUAUGUUUGGUGGUGUACAAAUCGAUCGCUAUAAAAUGAGACCCCAAUAACAUUAAAAUUAUGGAACCGAAAAAAUAUUUGUGAAAUUAAUAAAGAUCAUCGGACAUUACAUUUACAUCAAGACCAGAAAUUCAACAAAUAUACUGCUGUGAUAAAUCUAAUUGAUGAUUUAUAUAAGGCUCUAGUCGCAUAUUUAUAUAAGAUUAUAGGAUUAUAUAUAUAAUUAUGUAUAAAUAUAUAUAUUUAUUAUUUACAUACAUAUACAUGCAUAUACAUUAUAUAUAUAUAUACAUAAGUAUAGAGCACAAUCGUAAACACAUAUUAUUUCAUUAAGAAUCUGUGUUACAGUAGUUUGGUGGUCCUGAUUAUAUAAACAAACUAACAAAACAAUGUAUUAAUUAUUAAAUCAGAACAAUGUAUAAAUAAGGCCAUUGCCAAUUUAAAAGACUGUUUAACACAUAUUUUAUAUGUUUACUCCGAAAAUUUGUCAAUACAUAAAUAGCUAUACAAAGCUUUAGUCUUUAGGUUUAGAACAAAUGUGUAAUGUAUGUAUGAAAAUUAAAGGCAUAAGUUUUAUUAUAUUCUAUUAAUGAAAAAAAGUGUUGAUUUCUUUCGUGCUUCCCCUGUGUUUGUAAAAUUAUGCUUAUUAUUCAAACGAUUUCGUAAUUUUAUUUGUAUGAUUGAUUAAUUGGAAAAUUUCAAAAUGUCUAGUUUUAUGAUGUUAACUUAUCAUUUUUUAAGAAUCUUUAAAUGAACACGAGUAAUAAUAGUACACCAUCAAAUCAAUAAAAUGGACCCACAACAAAUAUUUGAACUUACUUGUAUAUUCAUAAAAUAUACUUUCUGGGAGAUAUAAAUUCCUUUCAUAAUUGAAAAAAGAAAAUUUUUUUUGCUUUUAUGGAUGGAGUUAUUUAAAAAAUUAAUAUUUUUAACAUAAUUAUCAUUUCUAAUACCGCAAUAUUCAUUAUUAUUUAUCGGCCGACUGAUGGAUUCUUAGGCUAAGACAAGGUCUAGAUAGUAGAAAGGGUUAACAAUGUUGUAUUAAACCUAUACAGAUAUACAAAUUUCUAAAAUUAAGAUGAUGGUAAUCACAAAUAUAAGUUAAAUACAAUAGAAUGUAUACAUAUAGAUAAUAACUAAUGUACGAAAUAUUAAAAUAAUGCAAACAUACUGAAAAAUAAAAAAAUAAUGUUGAAACUUUGAAAUUUUUAUGUACGAAAAGAAUUCUUAAGUUAGGUAUACCGUCAGGUCUCAUUUAACCAAAAUAAGGGUAAUGUUAAUGAAUAUGUGACGCAACAGGGAUGCGUUUUGUCGUGAAAGUCAAAAUCCUGAAAAACCCAAUAAAUAUUGGAAACAAUUUUUACACCGGAAAUAUAGUUAUACUAUAUACUGCAAAGCAUAAAACCGCACAUGCUAAAGUCAAUAUACUUGUAUGCAGAUUAGAAAUCACAAAUGUUAAAAUCACCGCCAUAUAUCAAAAAUAGACGCAAUAUAGAUAAGCAGUAAAGAACGAGAAAAAUAUUAGAGUUCGUUUCUAACACUUUCAGAGCGGCAGAGAGUCCGGCGAGAGUCCAGAACGGAACUCAUAGUUAGACCUACAGUGAAUUAAAAUUAGGGAAACGUAAUUUCUAGUUAACUUACCUGAACACACUGACAAAACAGCCAACUGGAUGAAUAGAUAUUAAUCCGAUGUUACCAUCGAUUUUUCAAAGAAUAACAAAGCACGGAAAUAAGUAUUUCAUGUUUAGUAUUAAGAAAAUAAUGAAACUACUUCGGAUUCUGCGCGAACUGUAUUUUACAACGGUUUAAAUAGUUUUUGUAACACUGAACAUUAAGCAGACUAAUAUACAAGAGACAGACUGCGAAACCGUAUCUUAAAAUUUCUUAAAAAG